UGUCACGUGACGAGGAUAGUCGCCUCACGGUUAGCUCGUUCGGCUAGCAGCCAGCUAGCAGUUAGCAUCUCAUUCGGACGGACGGAAACAAACAGCGGGACGUUUUCACCGGAACCGGUGCCCCUCCACUCGUCCUCCCGGUCCCCGUCCUCCUGGUUCCAGACCCGCGCUGAACCCUGAAACAUGUCGGCGCUGCAGCGGAUGAAAGUAGCGAACGAGCGGCACAGCAAGACCAUCACCCAGCGGGGCCACGUCCAGAAGACCUCGCGACCUGUAAACGAGGAGAAGUCUCCAGUGGGUCCGUGGCUGCUCGCUCUGUUCGUCUUCGUGGUUUGUGGAUCAGCCAUCUUCCAGAUCAUCCAAAGCAUCAGGCAGGGCAUGUGACCUUUGACCCCAGAGGAGCCGAGACUGUCACAUGUGGGCGGGCACACACUUCUCCAUCAUGACCUCACACCUGUUCCUGUGGAGCCUGUCUCUCUCUCUUAGCCUGUCUCUCUCUCCCCCUUAGCCUGUCUCUCUCUCUCUCAGCCUGUCUCUCUUAACCUGUCUCUCUCCCUUAGCCUUUCUCU